AUGGCAAAAGGUAUGUUACUCAAUUGCAUCAAUAUCAGUAAAGAAUAUUUGCUAGGUGGUGGUGUUGGAGUCAAAAUAGAAUUGACGCCUUUAGAAGAAAUAGGUCUGUCAGUUUGGGGCAAAGUUGCUGUGACAGGAAGACCACUUGUUAUGGUAUCAGGAGGAUUGGCUGGAUCCACAAAUGAUCAUCUUGAUGAAAUAGAGAAUCUGGAUGAAACUGAAGAAACUGCUGUCUCCACAAAUGAGGGCAUUGGAGAUAUUGAAGAAAUAAUUAUUUUGAAUGAAGGUGAGAGUGCAGAAAUUUAUGAACCUCACAAUAGAUUCAACUUGAAAACAGAUAGAACUAUGAGUCCUGAAAGAAAUCAUGGAGAUAGAAAUCAAGGUGUGAUGAAAAGUUCCAUCAGAAAAAAAAAACUUAAGAGGACAAAUCGUCUGAACCUGAAUGACUCUGCUCAACUGCUGAAAAGUUCAUAUGAUGAGAAAACAAAAUCACUCCAGGAAAUAAGCAAUACCAUAUUCAAAUUUGCCAACACCUAUGAAGAAAUUGAAAAGGAUAGGAAUAAAAUUAAAGAAAAGAAUUCAACCUCCAAGUUCAACCUUCAAGUUGAACCUUCAAGUUCAACCUUCAAGUUCAACCUCCAAGUUCAACGUCCAAGUUCAACCUUCAAGUUCAACUUCAAGUUCAAACUUCAAGUUCAAUCUUCAAGAUCUUCUUUCAAGUUCAAACUACGAGUUGAACCUUCAAGUUCAACCUUCAAGUUCAAACUCCAAGUUCAACCUUCAAGCUCAAACUUCGGGUUGAACCUUCAAGUUCAACCUUCAAGUCAAACCCCCGAGUACAACCUUCAAGUUCAACCUCCAAGUUCAACCUCCAAGUUCGACCUUCAAGUUCAAACUUCGAGUUCAACCUCCAAGUUCGAACUUCAAGUAGAACCUUCAAGUUGA